UUAUCAACGUAACUCUUUUCCUACUGCAGAUUCACUUGAAAUAUUCUCCUACUGAAUAAAUACGAGUAUGAACGAUGUGGAGAAAUAUGAAGAUGAAGAGUAGGAAUCUAGGAGCUCAAAUAUUUCUGAGCCAUGUUUGUAUUUAUUUUGGUAUGGAUUAAGUGGAGGAAUAGCUUAAGGUAAACUUCGCUAAAUAAAAAGACAUUGUUAUUAUUAUUAAAUAAAUGAAGAGGCCGCAGAAGGGUGACACUUGUGCGCGGAUGCCAUGAUCAGAAAACGAAUGGAGAACCAUAGCAAGAGAUUUCGAAGCUUCCUGGAAUUAUCCGCAUUGCGUAGGAGCUUGUGUCGGAAAACACGUUGUCAUCGAGAAUCCAAAAAACAGUGGCAGUAUGUUUUUCAACUACAAAGGGACUUUUAGCAUUGUUUGAGGAUAUCCGACGGAGAUGUUUUUCGAGAAACAUCUUUUUAUAAAAUGUUGGCUCAAAGAACGCUCAGUGGCCACCUCGACAAAGGAACUUCUCAAAGAUUGUACAAUUAUAGGCAUUCACGCGCUCGAAUAGUAGUGGAAAAUUCAUUUGGGCUGCUAGCAAGUGUAUUUCAUGUAUUCAGGAAACCACUAAUGAUCAAUUUGGAAAACGCCGAAAUUGUCACAAAAAUAUGUAUUUACCUCCAUAAUUUUUUGAGAAGGAUUAAAACAUCGCGAACAUUACAUUGUUCUCAACGAACCUUAGAUAACGAAACGCAGGAUGGAAAAAUUAUUCCUGGAUCAUGGCGGGCAGUCGUGCAAGGUGAUACUGGUCUGCUGAAUUUGACAAAUAGAGCAAGAAGGGCAAAUAUCGAAGCUAAAGAACUCAGGAAGGAAUUUAUGAGGUAUUUUCAAUCGGAUGAUCGGCUUGUCAGGACUAUUUCGCCUAACUUUUCAUUUUUUACGCUUACCUUUUUACUCUCAUAAUUAUGCUGUAUGGA